AUGCAGCGGUCGCAUGAGGACGUGCUCAACAUAUGCUCGGCUGCCUGCCUUCGAGUCGUCGUGACCCUACAUUCGACCACAGAGGACUCGCUCGUUCUUCAUAUCCUCGAGCGCCCCGCCGUCACCUUCCCCCGCCUCUCGCUUACCCCGUGCUCGACUCUCAACCCCACAGGCAGCCCCUAUAACAUGCCCUCCCUCUCCGAGUUCCAAGACGGCUGGCGCGUGUGGGACCUCAUCACCCUCGGGAUGAUCCCGCCCUCGCUCCUCCACAGCAAGCCCAUCGACCUGCGGCACAAGCCGCUGUUCUACCUCGGCCACCUCCCGACGUUCCUCAACCUGCUCAUGACCGCGCACCUGAAGGAGCGCCCCGUCGAGCCCGUGCGGUUCACGAUGAUCUUCGAGCGCGGCAUCGACCCGCAUGUGGACGACCCGGAGUACUGCCAUUCGCACUCGGAGGUCCCGGAGAAGGACGAAGACUGGCCGGUGCUCGGUGAGGUGCUCGCGUACCGCGACAGGGUGAGGGAGCGCCUUAUGCGGCUGUACGAGGAGCUCGGGAAGGGCGAGCGUACCCUGACUAGGAGACUCGCGAGGACGUUGAUGAUGGUCCUGGAGCAUGACGGGUUCCACGUCGAGACCUUGCUCUAUAUUCUCAUCCAACGCGCCGGCAAUGGAAUGCUCCCGCCGCCCGGCUUUGCUAUUCCUCCGUGGAAGCACCUCGCCGCUCAAUGGGACGCAACGCCCGCACCCGCCACUCCCUGUGCCACACUCGGGCCUUGCACGCUCACGAUGGGCCACGACGACCAAGAGCCCGACGACAUCCUCCCGGACUUUACCAACGCCGUCGAAGGACACGAGUUCGGCUGGGACAACGAGAGCCCGAAGCGCACCGUCGCCGUCGGGAAGUUCAACGUCUCCUGGCGGCCCAUCACGAACAGCGAAUUUCUCGACUUCUGGCGGGGCGCGGGCAAGGACUGCGUCGGGCUGCCGCCGAGCUGGGUGCUCGGCCCCGAGGGCGAGGUACAGGUGCGCACGCUGUACGGAUCCGUGCCGAUGGACGUUGCGCGGCGCUGGCCGGUGCUCACGGCGUACGACGAUCUCGCGGCGUAUGCGGCGAGCAAGGGCGGGAGGAUCCCGACGGAGCCGGAGCUCAGGCUGUUCUUGGACACGUACCAGGUCGGCUACGAGGAGGGCGCGAAUACAGGCUUCAGAAACUGGCAUCCCAUGCCCGCGACGGCCGGCGGCGAGAAGAACGACGGCCGGGGUUCCAACGGCGGCGUCUGGGAGUGGACGUCGACGCUCUUCGACAAGCAUGAAGGGUUCGCGGGCACGGCCAUCUUCCCGGGCUACUCCUCUGACUUCUAUGACACGAAGCACCAGGUCGUGCUUGGCGCGUCGUACGCGACCAUACCCCGCUUGGGCGAUCGCCGCACGGUGCGCAACUUCUACCAACACAACUACCCGUACCCGUGGGUUGGUGCUAGGGUGGCGUACGACUGCUGA